CUUUAUGUUAAAGUAUAAUUAUAAAAUAUUACCUAACAGCUUGAAUUAAACGUUUUCUUAUGUCUUAGGAUUAAGGGGAUUUAAUUAGAAUUUACUUCAAAAUGUAUUUCAUAAAAUUUGGAAUAUGUUUUUAAAGAAAAUUUGGUAUUGAAUAAUAAAAAAAAUAUAUAUUUGGAACCACGAUGAGUAACCCUGGUAGAGGCCUGGCAAAACGUAAAGUUAAGCCAGUUGAACCACAGUCAUUGUUAGACUUUGAUCUUGGUGAAGGGGAGAGUUCGGAUGAUUCAGAUUUUAGGAUUGAAGAUCAUCCUGAAGAGAGUGAUGAUUACUCUAUAAACACAGAUGAUGAAGAAAAAAAAGAAAAUGCAAACAGUGGCAGUUCGGAUGACCAAUCCGGGUCAGAUAUUGAAAAUGAUUUUAAGAACUCUACCAAUAAAUUGGGUGUAGUGAUGUGUGUUACAGAUUUACUUGAAAAAGCAAAGAAAACAGAGUUUAAGUUUCCAGGUGAAUUAGCUAACAUGUUGAUUUGUGCUGGUUGCUUGGGUUCAAGAAGUGAUGACUUUAAUGAAAUUGUGGAAUGUGAUGGUUGCGGAGUUACUGUUCAUGAAGGUUGUUAUGGAGUGUCGGAUGUGACAAGUGAAUCAAGUACAGUUAGUUCUGCAUCAACUGAGCCAUGGUUCUGUGAGGCUUGCAAGGCAGGUGUUACUGAUCCUAACUGUGAACUAUGUCCUAAUAAAGGUGGUAUAUUCAAAGAAACUGAAGUAGGUGCUUGGGUUCACCUCGUUUGUGCUCUUUAUGUGCCAGGAGUAGCUUUUUCGGAGGUGGAGCGGUUGUCUGGGGUGACGUUAUUCGAGAUGGCGUACUCGAGAUGGGGCGCGCGGUGUUGUGCGCUGUGCGAGGACGCAACGCUCGCUCGCACCGGAGUCUGUGUCGGCUGCGACGCCGGCAUGUGCAAGACAUUCUUCCAUGUCACUUGUGGUCAACGUGAAGGUUUGUUAGCGGAGGCUCAUUCGGAGGAGGUGGAGCAAGCAGACCCGUUCUACGCGCACUGUAGACUGCACUCGGAUAAAACACUUGUUAAAAAACGUAAACGCAACUGGCUGGCCUUGCAACUUAGAACUGAGAAGAGAAAAAUGGAGCUUAAAAUGAAUCUCAGCACGGAAGAAAAGCUUCGGAUACAAAGGAAAUUGAUUAAAUAUAGACGAAAGUACGCACAACAGAAGGAAAAUAGAAAUCCUCCGUGGGUUCCUACUCAAAAGAUGGCGAGAAUGCUUUACAGUAGUGCUUCAGCUAUGAGGAAGUUUCAGAAGAAAGCUGAAUGUAUGGGAAUUGAUACACAUGCUUUAGAAUUUCAAGAUGCGCAAAUGGCAGCACUGAAAGACGUGUCCCGCAGAUGGCAUGUGCCGCCCGCGUUCUCUGUAGAGUUCGUUGGUUACUACCUGGAGAGGAACAACCGCGUCACUUCACUGCGCAAGUCCCUCGAGCGUCUCACCAAGGAGAAUGAGAAACUGUUGAGCGAAGACGACAAGCUGAGAGCUGAUUAUGAUGAGGCCGCACAAGAGAAUACAGAUGCUCUGAACGAAUUAACUUCUACACGUCAAGCAUUACAGAAGAUUUACGAUGCUAUUGUUCUGAUAUCUCCAAAGAAGACAAUACCAAUUGUUAUGGAAGAUAAACCUUUACUGCCGCCUCAGUUGCCAAGGUCCACUCCGAAAGUCACACCACAGCAGCUACAGAAGAGGUCAAUGUCUGUGCCCACCGCUGCCGCACUUAAGAUGGGCGUUGGUUUUCCUCUUAGCGACAACCCGGACGCUCGCCAAGGAAAAGUCUUGUCCACAUCGCUCGAAGCUACGAGCGGUGGUCUGGCGGCGCGCGAGUGCGCGGCGUGCGGCCGCAGCAGUGAGCGACAUCUGAUGGCGGCCUGCGACACCUGCAGGCAUCACUACCAUCUGCACUGCCUCAAGCCGCCGCUGCAGCGUCCACCCAAGAAGAGCAAGCUCUACGGAUGGCAAUGCUCCGAAUGCGACAAAACUUCGGAUUCCGAGCCAGAAGUAUUGGAAAAGAAGGUGCCGCGGCGCUCGCGCAUACGCUACAGCAAGGAUGGCACCAUCAUCACCGAACCUCUGAGUCCCGGCGCCGCGCCCAACUCGCCGCCCACCAAGAAGGCCCAUAAAACAGAAAAAUUGAAAACCAACGGCCUCGGAAUCCCCGAAAAUAUCUCUCCUAUCAAAGUCACCAUCAAACCGUUCGAAUUUAGUAGCGACGGUCACGAAAAUACGGAGGUUAAAUCAAAGAAAGAUAAAAAGGCGAAGUCGAAGCAAAGAGAAUACGCGACAUCUGGCGGCGAAGAACAUCCCAUGAAGAAGUUGCACAAGCGCAGUUUUACUUCUCCCACUCUUACAAACACUCCUCUUAUGUCGAUAACGCCUAUAGUCGCCGACAGUCCCAAUGACUCUCACAAUGAGAACUCAAACGCCUCCCUCACCAACGCCUCGGGGAAGAAGGAAGACGGCUACUUACCACAGAAUCUCUCAUUCUCUUCUCUGCUCAGCGAUGCAAAAGAGAGAGACUCGAAGACGAUCGAGAGUUCGAUAGAGAACACUCUCGCUAAUCUCUCUUCCGACAUCGCGACUUACAAAGCGAAUAGAAAACGAAGGAAAGAGAAGCAUAGAUCCAGAUACUCUCCAGACUUGUUGCGAUCUCCAUCUAAACCGCACAAACAUAAGAGAAAAAAGAAGACGCAAGAUUUGGAAAAUCCCGAACUGCCUCAUCCAAGAAUUACUAUCAAGAUAAAGCCUAUUCCAAAGCCGGAUGGUUCAUUGGACACACAGAUGUUUUAUGUGCCUACUGACAGCAACGACGGACCACCUCCUGCUGUUAUGAAAAAGCUAUCCAAGCAAACGCUACAAACAACGGUCCCUGAACCAGAAGCGCCGAAUGUCUCGCCAUCACAACCACAAGACUCCGCUGAUACUUCCCUCACAUCUGUUCAAUCCACAAAGGAAGAGAAAAAGGACAUCGCGGUAGCGUCUGUGUCAACAAAGCCCAAGCGUGGUCGUGAGGCGCGCGGGCGGCGCGGGGGAGGUGCGGGGAGCGCGGGGGCGGCGGGUGCGCUGGCGCCGCUCACGCACUGCGACGUGUGCACGCAGCCCGGCGACUCCGCCAAUCUUGUGCGGUGUGACGAAUGCCAGCGGCGUUACCACUUCACGUGUCUGGAGCCGCCUCUGAACAAGAACCCGAAGAAGCGCGGCUACUCUUGGCACUGCGCCGACUGCGACCCCACUGACGUGGAGGAAAACAACUGAGCGGUACACACCGACAUGGAGAAAUAAGAUGUUAUUAAGUAUUAAAAAUCGUGCUAUAAGCACUUUUUCUUUAUAGUUCUAUUGGCGAUUUCCUCACACUAAGCAUUUAGUGUAGUUAG